UGUGUGUGUGUGGAGUAUAUAAAGGUGUAGGGAGUAGAUCUCUCUCUAAUCGCCUAGGCUCCCUUCUGGCACAGGGGUAAACUUAUCUCUCCUCCAUUACACUUCAACAACAACACAACAAUGCGUGGAUAUAUUCUAGUGACGGCUGUGUGUCUCGCCUCUACCGUCUCUGCUACCUUCUUCGAGGACUGUGGUUCGGUUGGGUCUGACGUGAAGGUGGAAGUGGAAGGAUGUAAUAUUCCUCCUUGUCAUCUACCGAGAGGUGACAUUCUGGAUGUCAACAUACAGUUUACCUCCAGUCGGAACACAGAGACGCUAAAGAUCGCUGCGUCCGCCUACAUUGGAGGGAUUGAAGUACCCUGGCCUGGCGUCAACACAGACGCCUGCAUUAACACGCAAUGUCCCAUCACUGAAGGCAGCCGCGUGAACUGGCUAAUGCCGGUUAAUAUCUUGAAGGUGUACCCCAAGAUUACCACCAUCGUCACCUUCAAGCUCCUCGACUCCGCUAAGGAACCUCAGGCCUGUGUCGUUAUCCCCGCCACCAUCGUCUGAGCUCCUGGCCACACCCUAGGUCCUCGUUCCUCUAUUCUAAGGUCCCUUACUUCCCCUAAAUUAAGAUCCGCAUUACCUUAAUUCAGAACACCUGUCAACCCAUCAUCUAAGGUCACCGACGUCAAGUGACCUAACGUUAAAACCAGUGAUAAAUAAAUACAUAAUAAACUAUUAAGAAUUGU